CGUACGAUUGUGUGCAAAGAGCAAUGAAACCGGGAGUGUGCUGGUGGAGGCCCUUUUAAAGGCAGACUGUUGAUUAUUGUCGCCGGUCAAACGGGGAACGAAACGAAUUCAGCCGUGUUUAUUCACAUUUGGCGUUGUGUGCAAUUUAUGUCGUGCAUGUGUAUGCUCCGUGUAGGUGCAAAUCAUUCACGUUUGAAAUCGCGAGAAACUAAACCACAGGCAAAAUUCCAUCACAAUCGCGAAACCGCGCCGCGAUCCUUGCGCUGCUGGCUUGACAACAAAUAAACAAAGUCGAAGUCGGAAAUCAACCCCUGGGUUGCACCAACGAACGGAACUGACAGCGGUUUAAAAAGGGUUUUAAAGUUACACAAGGAAAGCGAGAGCGACCUUUGGAGUAUGAUGUGCGGUUAAGGUGCAGGAGAUUGGCUGCGUGCUGCGUGCUGUGUGGCUUUUCUUACCCCACUGCGAACACGUGCGCGGUGGCUGCGUACACUGCAUGUACCCCAAGGAUCGAAAGGUGCGAGUUUUAAUUAAGAAAAAAAGGAAAAAAAAACCAUGCAUCCAUAGGAUUGAAGGAAUCGAUCAAUCUAACCGAACGAACGAACAAGCAAAACGUGAACGUGGAAAGUAGAGAUUAGGAGUGCGCUAGAGCAAAGAAACUCUAGAAACAAAACAAACACAAAACGAAGCACGAGUCACAGGACGCAACCAGCGGCGACGUGCAUGAUCGCGGGCAUUCGAAUCGAGGACAUCGGAAAAGCAGCAGCGGCUCCACGGCGGCCGGAUCAAGCAUGGCGGUUUUCAGGCGAAGGAUAACACCGUAGCACGCCAAAGGGGCCGAAAAUCGUCGAGCCCAGGCGCGAAUCGUCGCCAACCCCCGGAGCCAGCGAACCGUGCUCCAAAAGAGUGUCCCCACGGAUUGAUGCAGCGAGUAGCCAAUCCACGGGGCAAGGAUGAUACCGCAAAAGCAAGCACCGCCAGCUACAUCGUCCUCAUCGUCAGCGUUACACCAACAGGCGGUGAAUGCGAGUCUCAGUGUGGCCAACAGUAGCAGCAGCAACAUGACAACGACCGUGGUCACCGUGAGUACCGGCGGUGGUGGCCCCGGGAAAACAGCCGUGACGCCGGUCGAUCGUGCGGUGCCACCAGAGAAAAGUGUCCACCAAAAUGCCACACCUCGGCAGCAUCCGAAGAAGCGAAAGUUCGACCUAGCCGAGCUGGAGGAGAUGGAAUCGCACCGACCGGCACCUCCGCCACCACCAUUGGCGGUUGUUCCGGCGCUGCCUGCGGGCAAACCAGUACCUCAGCCCAUGGACACAGGUGGUGGAGAUGUUACGGAGGCGGAAAACGACAGCCAGAAGCGAAUGCUGGACGGUUCGGGAACGACAGUGUACAAAAAUGGCACCGCAACUGAGGGAAACGGUGUGUACGAGGCGUAUCAGUUCAGCACCACCACCAAUGGCGGUGUUGUUGGUAACGAGGGAAGCAGUAGUAGCAGCAACUCCAGCAAUAGCAGCAGCAGCAACCAUCAUCCAGCUGCCGGAUCAAGAACGCACAGCGGGAAUGACACCACGUUGGUGGUUAGCAGCAGUUGUUCCGGUCGCCGAUCGGUUGAAUCAUCACCCGCAGGAAGCAACUCGAGCGGAUCCUUGCACCGUGCGAGUCCAGGAAAUGGUGCAACGGCGAUGCUUAAUCUUACGUCCGGCCCAGCCGCGGCCACGCUGCUUACGAUGGCUAGUAAUGGGAGCAUCCCGCAACCGCAACAUCUGCAGCAACGCCCCGUAGGGUCGCUCUAUACGCCGCACCAUCUGCACCAACCGCACCAUGCUGCGCUUCCGGUUCAGCAGCACCUAACGACAAGCGGCAGCAGUAUCCCGGGCAUGAGCAUUGCCAGUAGUAACAUAAGUAGCACUAGUAACAUUAAUACCGGUAGCAGCAACAGUAACGGUGCCACAUUGACCUCCUCCUCCUCCUCCUCCACGUCCUCCUGUUCCUCCACCAUCGCGACGAACCGAUCUCAGAGCUUCACCAUUUCCACGAUCACGCUGCAGCAGCCGGUGGCCACGUCGGUAGCGACGUCGUCACCUUCAGGUGCCAUCGAUCCAGCAAAUUCGCUUCUUCUGCAGCAACACACAUCCCAUCCGCCACAUCAGGUGAUUGGGCACAAUCGACAGGUAUUACUCGCAGUCGAUCCGGCCACGAUACGGCAUUCACAGCAGCAGCAACAACAGCAACAGCAGCAUGUGUUGCGUAUGCAACAAUCGUCCUCGCCGGCCGAAACGUACUACGUUAGUAGUAAGAAACUCUACACGACUCCCGCGUACGGAUCGCCGGGAAGCUACAAACCUUCACCUACGCCUCCAUCGUCGGGUGGCAGCAACAGAGUGGUCACGUCGACACCAUCACCCGUCCACCAGCAUCCGGUACCAACAUCGUUCUCCGUGCCACAGCAUCAUUAUCAACCUGCCCAUCAUCAUCAUCAGCACGUUUCGCACCAUCAACAGCAGCAGCUGCGAUCGCAAUCACCACCGCCAUCCGCUUCGUCGUCUUCCGGCACGUUGCUGGACGCGUCGCAUGCCAUCACCGGUGGUCAGCAGCAGCAGCAGCAAUACGGUGGUGCUCCUGCGACUGCGUCGUCUCCACUGAUCGACCUAAGCGAAUGGAUCAACCACCGGGUGUUGGCACGCCGGAAAGGCGUUUACGAUUCAGGUCGUAUACGGGCAACUACGGCACCGGGUGCGAUCGUAAUCGGGUUUGACCAUCCGGAGGGCAGCCACCAGACGUACGAAGGUGUCCUGGAUGAUGUGCACCGCCGACAGGACAUCAUAGAUGAUGUGUGCCCAGCGCUGGCCGAUUUACAACCGGGGGUGCGGAUUUGCGUACGAGCCACGUGUGUCCAUCCACAUCCGGCAGCAACCAGCGGCGGUGACGUGUUUAUCGAGGGUUUCGUGAAAGAGGUGCACGCCAAUAAGAAGCAGUUUUCGGUGCAGAUUAUUGGUGCUGACGAUGGCGACAAGAAGGAGCUACGAAUAGUAAAACGAGUUGAUAUGCGCCUGCUUAAACCACCAUGGUGGGACGAGUUAGAGGACGCCUUGGAUGGUACUAGCAGCCAUCAUUCCAUGACCGCUGCUGAAGCUGAAGCGGACCGCCGAAAUACCAUGGCAAUGGAACCACACCGUUCAAGCCAUCACCAUGCUGACGUGGGCAUCGGCAAGAUACAACAGCAACAGCCUGCCAUUGUAAGCUACGUGCUGACACCCGCUGCCAGUAGCGAACAUCUUCACGGUGGUUCCACCGCUAGUGGAACGCAGAGCGUUUCCAGUGCAAUUACCGGCCAACCCUCGGCCACUAUCAUCUACACCGGUAGUGCGGCGUACAAGAGCAACAUCAGCAUAACACAGGGUCGCGGAAUGGCCAGCGCCGGCAUACGGUAUGAUCCUCCGGGAAGCUCCGGAUCGCUACUGCACGUGCUUCCGGGUUCGACCGGUGACGACCAACAGCAUCAUUACCGAAGUGCCGCCACAUCGCCCUUUCAAUCGACACAGUCUACGACCGGUGCCGAUCGCGAACGGGACGCAUCGUCUGGUGUUGAUAUGGGCGUCAAUCAUUACGGCGGAAAUGGAUCGCACUCCCGGUCUAAUUCGCAGCACCAUGCUGCUCACCAUCCAACGCAGGUCGGUGUGACUCCUGCACCGGCGCACAUUGGAAACGCGGUUGUUCCGCUGGGGGUGGCUUCUAGCAGCACGUCUGGGCCCAUCGGAACUAUCGCGAGUACUAGCGGUUUAGUAUUACCGACGCUUAGUCCGGAUGAUCUGCGCAUCACCAACCGUAGCUACGACAACGAAAGCGAUGACGAAGUCCGAAGCAGUUUCCCUAUGGAUGGAGAAACGGAAAAAUACUCAGGCAGCAGCAAGCGAAGCAGCAUGCAAAGUCGUGGAAGUACCUCAAGCUUACUAGACCAACGAAGCACACCUCGAUCUCAACCAGCAACCCCAAGAUCUCAAGCGACAACACCGCACCGGUUCAAGAAGGGCGACGUAGUGUCAACACCGACCGGCAUACGGAAGAAGUUCAAUGGCAAGCAGUGGCGCAGGCUGUGUUCGAACGAAACCUGUUCGAAGGAAUCUCAACGAAGAGGCUACUGCUCAAGGCACCUUAGCCAAAAGGGCAACAAUACACUUCGUUCUUCCACCAGCUCGGUGACGAAUCAUUUCAAUAGCAGCCGGUCGAGCAGCAAAACACAGCUAGAUGAGGAAACGUCCAGAGAUUCCGAAACAUCUCCGCACUAUCGUGUUGCGGGACGAUUCGACCAGGACGAAACCGAUGCUGCUAAUAUGCUUGUGUCCCUGAGCAGCUCCCGUUCGGCGACGCCGAGUAACUCAUUCUCGUCGCCCACGGGUCACGGGUCUUCUCCACUGGCCACACAGUCACCAGUAAUGAUCGGAAACCGACAGAACCUGUUCCUGCCCAUUGGCAGUCCGGCCCCAUCCAGCGAGCCGCACGGCAGUGUCGGUGGUGGUGGAGGUGGUGGUGGUGGCAGCAAGUACAAAACCAACACCCCCAGCCCAAAUCCCCAGCAUGUGAUUGGCGGUGGUCUCGGUGGUGUAGGAAGCGUGGGAAGUCAUGGUGGUGGCGGUUCCCAUCACCAUCAGUUAAUUCGUCCUGAACUACUACGCCCCGCGCAACCGCCCGUGUCCGGUGCGGUCGUUGCCCCACCACCGACUGGCCACGCGACGAGCGUCAUUCGAAUGUCGCCCCUCUAUUCGCAGCAUUCGGCACACCCGUCGGCCAUCUACGCAACUUAUCCGGCCCAAGUGAGCAGUGGACCAACGUCCCAGCAGCAAGUGAUCGUAGACUCUUCUCCGCCAUCUAACGGAGUUGUGCAACUUCAGCAGCACCAGCAGCAGCAAUCGCAACAUCAUUCGAUGUCCUUGCAACAGCAGCAUCCCCAGGCAUUGGUAACAUCCGGCCGGCUGCAGAUUGCCACACACCAGCCUCCACAGGCUCAUCAUCAUCAUACGAUCAUGCAGCAGCAGCAACAACAGCAACAACAACAGCAGCAACAACAACAGCAGCAACAACAGCAGCAACAACCACAGCAACAGCAGCACGCAGUGGUACUGACCAGUCAACAUCAGCAAACCCUGACCGUGCCAAAAAACGGAAUUAGCACGGGUUCCACCUAUCAAUGGCAUGCAUUGCUUCCGAUCAUACACAGUCCGUCGGCGAUCGCCAAGAGCAACCAUCACCCUCAUCACCAACACCCGCACUACGCGCACCUAGCGCAAAGCUACGGACCACCUGCAGCAGGAGUAGUAGCAGGACCUCCAUCAUCAGCCGCGUCAUCAGCGGUUGCCUCGCAACCGCCACCGAUUGGAAGCGCCUCCACCGUAACAACCAAGCUGUCCUCGUCCGCAUCGUCGACGAUGGGUAUCGCACCGUCGAAGAUGUACAGUUCACCACCACUACCACCCCAGCAACAGCAGUCAGCCCAGGAGGAAAUGGUAUCGAUCGACGACGACGAGCAGGGAGACGAUGAUGUCUUUGAAGCAGAGCCCGUGAAAACAGUAACCACAACGAGCAGUAGUGCCGCCAGCGCACCAGCCGGAGGAGGAGGAGGAGGAACAGUUACAGGAGGUAGCCAUCAGCUUUUGCGAGGGAUGGACAUUGAGGCACCGGCCUCGGUAGUACUACAAUCGACAGCGGGGAGUAAGACAGGGUCGACGGAAAGUGCCGAAUCGAUCGCAAAGCGUCGCACCCAAUCCUGCAGCGCGGCGCUACAGGCGGCCGCCGUUGCGAACGGUGGUGGUGGUACUGGUGCGGGAGGCGGAGGAGGAGGAGGAGGCAACAGUUGUAGCACGCCGAAAGAACCACAGAGUCCGCUGGGGGGCAAGAAGGACGCAAAAAUCCGACGGCCCAUGAACGCGUUCAUGAUCUUCUCGAAGCGCCACCGGGCGUUGGUGCAUCAGAAGCAUCCAAAUCAGGACAACCGAACAGUCAGUAAGAUCCUGGGUGAAUGGUGGUACGCGCUAAAGCCGGAAGAGAAAACCAAGUAUCACGAGCUGGCAAGCGAGGUGAAAGAGGCUCACUUUAAGGCGCACCCCGAGUGGAAGUGGUGUUCGAAGGAUCGUCGCAAAUCGUCCUCCUCGGCGAAGGACGGUACCGGAGGUGUCCCACCGACCAGUGCCGGGCUGGUGGCAUCAGGAGGCAGCAACAGCAGCCGUGGGCGGAUCGAUUCAUUCGAUGGCAACGAUUCGUUUGACGAAAAAAGCCCGAAAACGCCUUCGGAACUGUCGAUGCUUUCGACCGCAGCGUCGUCGACGGUGACUGGAGCAGGCAACGAUAUCAUUCCGUUGACCGUCGCACCGUACAACACGAUUGACGAAGCUCCCGAACCGUCCAUGAUGAUGCUGCCGCCAGUGACAACGGGUAACCACGGGGCUGCCCCACCGUCGUCGGCCAGUACCGGAAAUCACACAAAUCCGGAGGCGAUGGUUGUCGACGCUCCAAGGACGACACCCUCAUCGGGGCGGUUAGAUGAAGAGGAAAGAGAAAAUGACGAAGAUCGAAUGGAGAUUUCCAUCGCGGACGAACAAAUGGACCAGAGCGACGGUGGUGUUGCUGGUGACGGCGUUUCCGAUGAUGACCAGCAAAUGGUCAUCGCGGAAGACGAGUCCGCUGCACCACCGUCGGCACCGAUGGUGCUGCAGGACGAGGAGACCGAGCUCGAUCUGAAGUGCGCGGAAAAGGUAAGCGACUCGGACAUGGAAGACAUCUCUGGCACCGCCAAAAGCAGGCAAGACCAUGGGGAACUUAGACACAAAGCGGCUGCUCCGGCUACUGGUGCAAGUUCUUCUACCAAGGUUUCAGAAUCGAUGGUUUCAAGUGACUAUCACCAUGGUAACAAUGGCGAUGUAGCGACUGAUUACUCGAUAAAAGCACUGACAAGCGUCGGUAACGGAGGAACUGGUGCGACUCCCGGUGGGUCCAAUCCUUCCUCACUGGAUUCGGCAUCUUCGUCACUGACGUGCAAACCUAAGCCCAUCAAAGCGGCCGCGCUACGACAGCAGCAGGGCACACAAAGUGGCACCAGUAGUAGUGGAACAUCGGUUGGAUCUGGCGGAAGUAAUGGGACCGACGGAAACGGUAACGGAAACGUCGCUGGAAUCAGUAGUUCCGGUGGUCAGAGUGGUAGCAUUUACCAGCAUCAUCAUGCUCUUCCGCACCAUCAUCAUCACCAUCCGAUUGGAUAUGCUUAUAGCAGCCCGAAGAAUCCGGUUGGCGUGUCACCGUUCCAACCGACGGGAGGAGCAUUUAAAACUAUGCCACAGAGCCCGAAAACCCUCGGAAAGCAGGACCAUCCCUCGUAUCUGCUUUCGCCGGCUCCCUCGACACCGACGGCCGCCACAAUCAAGACGGAACCUGGCGAGAAUUUGACCACCGGCAGUGGUACGCGAUGCAGUAUAGACACGAUCUUCAAUUUUUCCACUGCGGCCAUCAAGGAGCAACAGCAGCACCAGCAUUUGCAAGGUGCACCGCUCUAUCAUGGUACCGAGCAACAGCACAAGCUGCUGGUGGCUGUUAGCAGCAACGGCAGUGAGUCCAUGACGACGGCGGCAGCAACCUCAACGGUGACGGUUACGCCACCGAGCAGUAGCUGCUCCUCGGAGGGCGGUGGAACCAGUCUUGGCAGUAGCAGUGGAGGCAGCAAUGGCAACAAAUGUAAAUCGCUGUUAGAUCUAAAUCCCACCAUCUGUUACACGAUCUCGAAUGUAAACGGUAGCCACGCGACCACUAGUAACAAUGCAAACCUUAAGCCUAGUACUAACGCUAUAGUGAUGAGCAUGAAACAAGUUCUUCCCGUGACAUCAUCCCCGGCGCCACCACCGGUGUCCGUUUCCGCGUUGCCUUCGUCCCUUGCGCUGUCGUCGGUAACAACGCUACAUCCGCUGCAUCAACCAUCCACCAUCGGAAGUGGCGGUGGCUAUCAGCUGCUCUCGUCAGCCAGCAGUUCCUCUGGCAACACCGGUAUAGGAGGAACGGGCACCACCGACUUGACGACUGGCGGUGGCACCACGACGACAAUCCUUGCAUCCGCAACCCAACGUCUGCCAGGACGUCAGAAGCUCAUGCUUUGCCCGCAGUUUGCCCUAGUCCUUCCCGAUAACCAGCCAUUCACGCUGAGCGAUCGGUCAAAGAUCUCGUUCGCCAACCUGUCCGCGGCGGCCCUUAAACCGGCCCAGGCCAGCACAAUCUUUGCGGCCAUUCCCUCCGCAUCGCCAUCCACCGCUCUCUCCUGCCCGGUGUCCUCUUCCUCCUCAGCUUCCUCUUCCUCCACCUCCACCGUUGCUUUCGCACUAACACCGUCAUCUUCCUCAUCAACCGCUGGCACGUUGCGGGCGGCCAGCAACGGAAUCAUCCAGCCGACGAUGGCGCAAGUGAAGCUUGCCAGCAUCCUUCCGACUGCGACUGCAGCACCAUCUUCAUCAUCCACUACUUCAUCUUGCUCUUCCACCUCCACUAUUAUCACCACCAACACCUCAUCAUCUUGCUCGUCGUCGUCGUCGAGUAUGCCCAACAAACCGGCGGCGCUAGCGACAGUGGUUGCCAAUGGCAACGGAGCUAAUGGCACUGGCGGCAGCACCACCACCUCCAUUCCCGUACAAUAUUUGAUCCAAGGCAAGCUACCGAAUCUUCUCAUCUCCACAACACAGGGAUAUCCGGUGCAAAUGCAGCAGCAGCAACAGCAGCAACAGCAUCAACACCACCACCUUCAACAGCAGUACACGACGAUCAAGCAGGAACCACCGGAAUCACCCGGCUCCAGACAUCUGCCCAUAACGCCCAAUUCCUCGACGAACGUCUCCUCGGCGUACGGUAGCAACAAUCACCAGCACAACUCCGGCGAAGGCAGGCUACCGGUGACGGUGGCAGACAACGGUGGUCCGGAACCCGGUACCGAUCCGUCGAACGAAGAGGACGCCGACGAGGAUUACACCGGUAGCGAAGAAGCGGUCGGUGGAGUCACUUCAGAGAGCAAGAAGUUCAUCCUUGCACCGACACCGGCCCAGCUCGGUCGGGCUCCGUUGCAGCGGCGUCAGAUGAGCAGUAACAGUGGCGGAAAUGGCAGCAGUAGCAGCAACAGUGGUGUUGCGACCCAGCAACAUUCACCGGACGGUGGUGGGGAUGCUGCGGGCAAACGAGAGGACGAUACCAACCCGCCCUCGGGAGAGCAGAACAAUCACCACCAUCAUCAUCACACGUCGAUGCCGUCCGCACUGCCUACACCGACGUCCGCAUCGAUAGAGGAUUACCACAGCCAGAUAUCGCCUUCCGCGGCCAAGAAAGCCUUCUUCCGCAAGGCCAAACCGGAUGACAUGGAUAACGUGCUUCGGCAGGUUGACUUUGAGAAAAAGUUCAAAACCUUACCCCAGUUCAAGCCGGAAGAUUGCCACUCACCCAGUGCCAUCACGGCGUCAUCACCGCGAGUGUUCACGCAAAACUAUCGCAAAAAGCAAACCACAACCCACAAAACGCUGCCAGACGAUGAGCAGCACAAUAAUCUGCACUCGGAUGGCAGCGCACCCCCAAUGUCCAGCACGGCUACACCGUCCAGCUCGUACGUGAUCGGGAAUCGCUUUUUUGGACCCGACUUUAACAUGGAACAGUGCAAAGAAAUGUCGGCCGAAAUGGGACGCGGAGGAGUAGGAGGAGCUGGCACGGGUGGGACUGCAGGAACCGAUGAACGGUCACCACGCACACCCAAGACACCAUCGCAGCGGUCGGUCAACUCGGCCGAAGAGAAGGGCCACCGGAAGAUUCUCGAGCAACGCCGCAAUCUGGUGGUGCAGUUAUUUAACGAGCACGGCAUGUUUCCGUCAACGCACGCGACCAACAGCUUCCAGUUGGCUCACAGCGACAUAUUCCCGAAUAAGCAGAGCCUGCAGCUAAAGAUACGCGAGGUGCGCCAAAAGUCGAUGGCUCAGCAGCCCGGAUUCACGCCGCAGUCAGCCGGUCCGAUUACGCCAACCGAAAUUAACAGUGGACAGUCCGACAGUCACCAGCAGCAUCACCAUUCCCAACUCACGCACCAUCAUCAUCAUCAGCAACAGCAACAGCAGCAGCAGCAGCAGCUGCAACAUCAGGAACAACACCAGCCGAACUAGUAGUUGGUUGGAAUAGGUAGAAAAGCAGUGACUAAUAUUUUGUGAACACGGGUGACUGACGAGCUGGUUUCCUCGCUGGGGUGGGAGAUGU